CCUGAAACCCACGCGACUCCCUCGGUGCAGGGUCAGUUUAUCGUUUGACAGCACUGGAAUACAGUUUACGUAAAGAUCAUAGUAGAAAUUCCUCGUAAAACCUUACGUGCAAGAGAUCGAAGCCGGCAGAACGAUGUGUCGUCCAAGAGUUACUGCAGCCUUGCUCAUGUUCAUUCCUUGUUUGGUUUUCUCCGCGGAGAUUCCGAAUAUCUUACCGGGUGAUGUUGCUCCUUCAUUUGUUCUUCAAGCAAAGGAAGUAAUUCAUAGUACCGACGUACUUCUCAGAUAUGGAGGCAACGAUUCCAACAUCCAAGGACCCAUUGUGUUCCUCGCGUAUACCGACCGCUCAGGAUUCUUAGAUCGUCUUCUAUCCGACCCAGAUUGCUUCAAGACUCUGAUGGAGAACUCCCCUGACAAUACAAAUUACGUGUUUCUUUUUUAUGCGACUUCUUCAUCUUCGAUCAAAGAUGCUGCUGACCAGCUCGCUCGGAGAUUUAAAGAAGCAAUGUAUAACUACUUUUUUCGAUCCAGCAGGUCCCUCGAAUUCUCCCGGGUGAGGAGAUUCCCUACCUUGACCGCGAGAAUGGGAACAUUACUGGAUUUCAGUAACAACUGGCUUUCGCGGGUACAUAUUGCGACAUUUCCUGUAUUUACUCUCGGAAAUUGGAUCCCGCGGGUGCUAUCUCAGUGGUAUUGUUCCGGGCACGGGUGUGGCUUUGCCCAGAUCGUCAUUGAAAAUGAUAAAGGUGAAAUCCACAUGGUGUCAAAGCGUUUAGAUGCACGCUAUGAUUGGCUGCCGUCUCCAGACACGCUCGCAAAAUACGGACAUUUGGAAGUGGCGUUUGUUGGAGAUGCCUGCAAUGCCAGCUCGUUUGUGAAUCCUGUAAAUGGUAAACUUGCCCUCGUUUCAAUGGAGGGCGUCCAAUGUUCAUACUUUACAAAGGUACAAAACUCUGAGAAAAAUGGCGCUCUUGGUGUCCUGGUGUUUCCUGAACCGAACCAGGCUUUGCUAGACAUGAACUGUAACGGCUCAGAAUGUAACACACAGCUCAACAUCCCAGCAUCCAUGAUUCCACAUAGCAUUGGGUUUAAUUUGAGCAAGGGCAGUGGUAUUUACGUCCGUUUCCAGACAACGCCCUCAGACACAUUUGUAUUUGGAAUUGACGGGGAGGGCAAAGUGGAGGAAACCGGUUGGUUUUUGUAUCCGUCCACGCUCUUCAUGGCCUAUCAGGCCCAGUGGUUUAAUUAUAAAACGCAGUUGUUAAAGAACUUGACAACGGGAGAUGCGAUGGUAAUCAACGUGUUCAACCACAGUGUGAUGCAGGGAGAGAAAGGGGUUAGCGGUACUGUUCAUCUGCCUUCUUUGAAUGACCUCCAGAGGUACGAACACGUGGAAUUGGACUUUGCUUUAUCGUGCCCAGGCUCCAGAGACGAAACUUGCGCCAGAUGGGAUCACGUAAUACAGCUGUACGUUUGCUGUAACUCUACAAGUGAGCUAUGUGGCCUGGAACUAGGCAGAUGGAUAACACCCUUUAGACGACGUAUUGGACGCUGGUUAACGCCAGUGAAGCCGCUGAUUCCUCUGCUACAAUCCGCGGACUCCGGCUCAACCAACACUUGUAACUUUACAAUGAAAACAGUUCCCUGGGCAAUGGCGUGGGUUCCAACACUCAACAUCAGACUUGUUGGCAAAAUACAAGUAUUAAACAAGUAUGAGACAUUUCGCUCGAGAGAGAAGACUCUUGUUCCAGUAGAGGUUAUACCACUCUUCAGGGGAGGAACAUUUGACAAGAACUACAACACCAAAUACAGACCCUUUACUUUUGCUCCUCCACAAGGAACUGACAAAGUAAAGCUUGUCGCAACCAUAACAGGCCAUGGCAGUGAUAAUAACAACUGCGCCGAGUUCUGCGUCACAUCGCAUCAUUUUGUUGUCAACAACAAACAUAACUAUACCCGUGUGUUCAAAAACGCCGGCACCGCCCUAGGGUGUGCUGACCGCGUGCCAGAGGGAGUGGUACCAAAUGAGCAUGGCACGUGGCUGUAUGGGCGGGACGGUUGGUGUGAUGGCCAGGAGGUAGUACCCUGGGUCGUGGAUAUAACAAGUGCACUUACAACUCCUGAAAAUCAGAUCAAGUACUUUGGUUGGUUUAACAAUACUGAUCCCAAUCCAACACGUGACCCUGGUGAUAUCAUCAUGUACUCUUAUUUAGUGUACUACAAGUACUUAGCCCCGGAGCCGGACCUCCCUCGGCCAACCACACGAGUAGGAUCUGGAUACGACAUAAACAAAUAGUUUGACCUUUGAAUGACAUUCGAGCCGCAUACUCUGAUACAUGUUACGGCUGGUAAUAUUUUCACUCGUAACAAAAUGCGAAAUAAAAAUUUCAAAAGAAGGCGGGGACCGGCAGCCCCUCAACUCCGAAGAUUGUUCUAUUCUGAUCCAUUUACCCGGCAAUUUGGCUAUUAAUAUACAUGGCUGUAGAGGACGAAUAGCCUUGCAGCGAAGCGACAAGGGCCGAGAGAAGUGUUUGCAUAGCCUUCUGAAAAAUUCUUUGUUCUCAUUGGCUAAAUCGAGCGUAUUCAAGGCCCCUAGUACGGAAUAUUUGCGUGUAGAUGACUUCUCUCCUCCUUUAUGGCAAUAUUAGGGUCUUUUCGCAAACCACGACGACGACGGUAACGAGGACCUUGUAAAACAAAAUAUCUAAUGAUCAAAACAAUAGCUUAGCAUGUGCAUUUCAAUCCUCUGCAAAACAACUACGUGAAAUCACCAAAAUUUGCGUAGCCUGAGAGCGGAAACCCGAGGGUAAAUCAUUAGUCUCCAUUUUGAACUCAACGCCGCUCACAUUUGUUAUGCUGAAUUAAAGGUGUAGCGCUGUAAGAGACGGUAAACACGUGCAACCAUUUGCAAAAUUCUGACUUAAAAUUUAACAUUUUUUUUUUCUUUUGAUGUCUACCUCAGCGUUGCCGUCCUGGCUGCUUAAUAUCCCUAAUUUUUUUGUCUCACGUUUGUAAAUAAGAACCAUAAUGAACUCAAAAUGUGCCAUAUUCCUAUGUCUAUUUUACUAAUUUCGUCCACAAUUUUUGUACCUUGGUGAACAUUGAAGAAAGCAGUGUUUCCUUGCCAGCUUUACUGUUAAUUAUAAUGGUUGCAAAAUCUGUUUCGGUUUGAAAUAAGUGAUUUCACAAAAUACAGACCGAAUUAGACCAUACUAAGUCUUGUCACCAGUUAUUUUUGACCGAUGAAUAUUCUGAGUGCAACAGACAUAUGUAUUAAAAGAACAGCUCGUAGUUCCAAUUUCUCUAAUCCAGUUAAGGCAUUUUCUGACGCUGAGAAUUCCUCCAUUUCGGAAAAAUCUACAAUUUAUCAUGGUAAGUUGUUGUUGCUUUGGUUACUGUAAUGAAUGCAUGAUUGGUGACUUUGCAUUCGAGUUUGCAUAAAUGAUUGGCUAUGCAACUGUCAAGAUACAGCAAACUGUCUAUCUAAACUUCCGAUGAGACUCUUCCUUAACAACUCUAUAGAAUAAUAAGUGAAAAAUAAAGCAAUUCAUCAUCUGCAUGUUAAACAAAACAAUAA